AUGUUAAAUACAGGAGAAGUAAUUACAUUCCUUGAUGCUCAUUGCGAAUGUACCGAAGGAUGGCUUGAACCUCUACUUGCACGGAUUGUACAAAACCGUCGCACUGUUGUAUGCCCAAUAAUUGAUGUGAUUUCUGAUGAGACCUUUGAAUAUAUAACUGCGUCAGAUUCUACGUGGGGCGGUUUUAAUUGGAAACUUAAUUUUAGAUGGUACCGUGUUCCUCAGCGCGAAAUGGAGCGCCGUAACAAUGACCGUACAGCGCCUUUACGUACACCCACCAUGGCUGGCGGUUUAUUUUCCAUUGAUAAAGAUUAUUUCUAUGAAAUUGGUUCAUAUGAUGAGGGUAUGGACAUAUGGGGUGGUGAAAACUUAGAAAUGUCAUUUAGGAUUUGGCAAUGUGGAGGAAUAUUAGAAAUAAUACCCUGUUCCCAUGUGGGUCACGUUUUCCGUGAUAAGUCACCCUACACAUUCCCCGGCGGUGUUGCCAAUAUUGUGCUACACAAUGCGGCGCGUGUUGCCGAGGUGUGGUUGGAUGAGUGGCGCGAUUUUUAUUAUGCAAUGAGCUCAGAUCAAUCAUUGAAUAAUCUUGAAGAUUAUACGGAAUACGCAAAUUAG